AUGACAUCUAGAGAAAAUUUUUUAUAAAAAUAAUUAAAAAAAACAAAUAAUUUUUGGUAGUUAGAAAAAAUCGAAUAUGCUCUGCAAUAAUGGUUAAAAAUAAGUUAAGUGCUAAUUUAAUCUAAAAUUUCAAUCUUAAGAAAUACAAGGAUUGAUGAAAUAAUAAGUCUAUAAUUAUAAGGGUCUUUUGGAGUUAGAAGAAAGCCUUAUAAAACUAUUGUGAGAGCUUCUUGCUAAUUUAUAUUAUUCCUAUUGAUAAAUGUAUCNUAGCCUACUAUUGGAAUCGACUUUCUUUCAAAAUGCAUUUAGGUAGACAAUAAAACAGUAAGAUUGUAAUUAUGGGAUACUGCUGGCUAGGAACGUUUUAGAUCGUUGAUUCCAUCUUAUAUAAGGGAUUCUCAUGCUGCUGUACUUUGUUAUGAUGUAUCAAGUAUUAUUUAAAUUUAUGCUUUUAGAUUACUAGACAUUUGCAGAUAUAAAAUCAUGGCUUGAGUAUGUAAGAGAAGAAAGAGGAUCUGAUGUAUUGGGUGUACUCAUUGCAAAUAAAAUUGAUAUUGAAGAAAGGUUAAGUAUUGAUUAAUUUAAGAGUUGUAACAAAAGAAGAAGGUGAAAAAUUUGCAAAAGAACAAGAAUUACUCUAUUAUGAAGUAUCAGCUAAGGAGGGAACCAACGUUUAAUCAACUUUUAAGAAUCUUGCCUUGAAACUCUUUGGUCCAAUCUAAGAUGUUGAUUAGCCAACUACUUUAAGUUAAUAAGAUUCUAAUUAAGUUCCUUAAUCCACUAUUGAUGGCAAAAUUUAAUUAAACAAAUAAAGCCAACAAAACCCUUAAACAGAUUAAUAGAAAUGUCAAUGUUGA